AUGUCACAAACACUCCUACUGUCGGGACUUGACAGCACUCCAAAUCCGGUCGUGAACAUCCACUACUCCCCCGAACUCCUCCAGCAUCCCUUCUCUCCACCCCCCUCCGGCGACGCCCUGCCCAAGCAGUCAUCGUGGACGCAGCCAGUCUCUUCGAUGGAGACCGGCCAGAGCUUCACAGCUCGAAGGUCCGCUGCCUCCAACCUCCCUACCUUCCAGCUCCCUCCCCCAGAUCACCUGUCUGCCCUGCACAAGUAUCCUGCGGUCAAGAGGGUCAAGGUCAAGGUCAAGGUCAAGGGGCAAGGAUCAAGACUCAAGGGUGUCCCGAAAUAGAUAAUGGGUGUGGAUAUUUAGAAGGACAUAAUAAUAACAACAGCAGUCAGACGGAGGAGAGCAGACGAC